UCCAGGUCGCGCGGGUUCCGGCCCCUGUGUCCGCCCCCUUCCUUCCUGGGCUCGGGCGGGUGCAGGGAAAAAGGGUGAAAGAGAAACUUGGCGACCUCCGGGAGGAGUUCGCGGAGCGACCAUGAGCGUGUGCCCGUCGUUCUUACCCGACACCCAGUUCCCCCACAGAGCCGGAAUUUCGUAACCUAGGGACUUCAUAGGUGGAAGUUAUGCCUAUAACUUUGGCUGCCUAAUUUUGCCAGCUUUGAAAUGUCUCCUUAAUUGGGUACCUUUGUCUAGCGGUCCCCAACCUAUGAUCUGAACAGAAUUAAGAAGAAAGAGCUUCCACAAUCAUAGCAGAUGAAGAUCCACUGGUAAAUUGAUCAGGAUUUUUGGCCUGCCCUCCCAAGAAAAGGAGCGGAAAGAAUGUCGGAGCGGGCCGCGGAUGACGUCAGGGGGGAGCCGCGCCGCGCGGCGGCGGCGGGCGGAGCAGCGGCCGCCCGGCAGCAGCAGCAGCAGCAGCAGCAGCAGCAACAGCAGCCUCCGCAGCCCCAGCGGCAACAGCAGCCGCCGCCGCCGCGGCGCCUACGGCCGGAGGACGGCGGCCCCGGCGCCGCCUCCACCUCGGCCGCCGCAAUGGCGACGGUCGGGGAGCGCAGGCCCCUGCCCAGUCCCGAAGCGAUGCUGGGACAGUCGUGGAAUCUGUGGGUCGAGGCUUCCAAACUUCCUGGGAAGGACGGGACGGAAUUGGACGAAAGUUUCAAGGAGUUUGGGAAAAACCGCGAAGUCACGGGGCUCUGUCGGGAAGACAUGCCAAUAUUUGGUUUUUGUCCAGCCCAUGAUGAUUUCUACUUGGUGGUGUGUAACGACUGUAAUCAGGUUGUCAAACCACAGGCAUUUCAAUCACAUUAUGAAAGAAGACAUAGCUCAUCCAGCAAGCCUUCUUUGGCCGUUCCUCCCACUUCAGUAUUUUCCUUCUUCCCUUCUCUGUCCAAAAGCAAAGGAGGCAGUGCAAGUGGAAGCAACCGUUCUUCCAGUGGAGGUGUCCUUAGCACAUCCUCAUCAAGUUCCAAGUUGUUGAAAUCGCCCAAAGAGAAACCACCACUCAGGGGGAACACCAGGCCAAUGCAUCCCAUUCAGCAGAGUAGAGUCCCCCAUAGUAGAAUCAUGACACCCUCUGUGAAAGUGGAAAAGAUUCAUCCCAAGAUGGAUGGCACACUACUGAAAUCUGCCGUGGGGCCAACCUGUCCUGCUACUGUGAGUUCCUCAGUCAAGCCUGGCCUUAACUGCCCCUCAAUACCAAAGCCAACCUUGCCUUCACCUGGACAGAUUCUGAAUGGCAAAGGGCUUCCUGCACCGCCCACUCUGGAAAAGAAAUCUGAAGACAAUUCCAAUAAUAGGAAAUUUUUAAAUAAGAGAUUGUCAGAAAGAGAGUUUGAUCCUGACAUCCACUGUGGUGUCAUUGAUCUCGACACCAAGAAGCCCUGCACCCGGUCUUUGACAUGCAAGACACAUUCCUUAACCCAGCGGAGGGCUGUCCAGGGUAGAAGAAAACGAUUUGAUGUGUUAUUAGCCGAGCACAAAAACAAAACCAGGGAAAAGGAAUUGAUUCGCCAUCUGGACUCUCAGCAACCACCGCAGCCUCUCAGGGACCCGCAUCCCGCCCCUCCUAGAACGUCACAGGAGCCGCACCAAAACCCUCACGGAGUGAUUCCUUCCGAAUCAAAGCCUUUCAUAGCUAGUAAACCUAAACCUCACACCCCCAGUCUUCCAAGGCCUCCAGGCUGCCCUGCUCAGCAAGGUGGGAGUGCCCCCGUUGACCCUCCUCCAGUCCAUGAAUCUCCACACCCUCCCCUGCCUGCCACUGAGCCAGCUUCUCGGUUAUCCAGUGAGGAGGGCGAAGGCGAUGACAAAGAAGAGUCUGUUGAAAAACUGGACUGUCAUUAUUCAGGUCAUCAUCCUCAGCCAGCAUCUUUUUGCACAUUUGGGAGCCGGCAGAUUGGAAGAGGCUAUUACGUGUUUGACUCCAGGUGGAACCGGCUUCGCUGCGCCCUCAACCUCAUGGUGGAGAAGCAUCUGAACGCGCAGCUGUGGAAGAAAAUCCCACCAGUGCCCAGUACCACAACACCUGUCUCCACACGUGUUCCUCACCGGACAAACUCUGUGCCGACAUCACAAUGCGGGGUCAGCUAUCUUGCGGCAGCCACCGUCUCUUCGUCCCCGGUUCUGCUCUCAUCCACCUGCAUCUCCCCAAAUAGCAAAGCGGUACCAGCUCAUGGAACCACACUAAAUGCACAGCCUGCCGCUUCAGGGGUCAUGGAUCCUGUGUGCAGUAUGCAAUCCAGACAAGUGUCCUCUUCAUCCUCAUCCCCUUCCACACCCUCUGGCCUUUCCUCGGUCCCCUGUUCCCCUAUGUCCAGGAAACCUCAGAAGUUGAAAUCCAGCAAGUCUUUAAGGCCCAAGGAGUCUUCUGGUAGCAGCACUAACUGUCACAAUGCCAGUAGCAGUACCAGUGGCGGCUCAGGAAAGAAACGCAAAAACAGUUCCCCACUGUUAGUUCAUUCUUCUUCCUCCUCCUCCUGCUCUUCUUCUCAUUCCAUGGAGUCUUUUAGGAAAAACUGCGUGGCUCACUCUGGGCCUCCCUACCCCUCAACGGUAACAUCUUCCCAUAGCAUCGGCCUCAACUGUGUGACAAAUAAAGCAAACUCGGUGAACAUCCGGCACGACCAGUCAGGGAGGGGCCCCCCCACCGGGAGCCCUGCUGAAUCCAUCAAGAGGAUGAGUGUGAUGGUGAACAGCAGCGAUUCCACUCUUUCUCUUGGCCCAUUCAUUCACCAGUCCAAUGAACUGCCUGUCAACUCCCAUGGCAGUUUUUCACACUCACACACUCCUCUAGACAAACUCAUAGGAAAGAAAAGAAAGUGCUCUCCCAGCCCGAGCAGCAUCAACAACAACAGCAGCAAACCCACAAAGGUUGCCAAAGUGCCAGCCAUGAACAACGUCCACAUGAAACACACAGGCACCAUCCCAGGGGCACAAGGACUGACAAACAAUUCCCUCCUUCAUCAGGAUAUCUCCUCACCUUGCUUACGAACAGGAAUUUCAGCAGCAUCACCCCAGAGCCCUGAUUUAAAAUCCAAAGGCACGUCCCUGACAGCUGAAAAUAGCACGGGGAGGAAUAAUCCGGACACUUUUGAGGACAAGUUACACCUCUGCUCAGCACUCUGGACUCCACGAUGCCUUUGAGUCUGUUUUCCCAACCUCCUGUGGGCCUCAAGGGUAGAAACCUGCCGGGCUGUUGUUUUAACAAGGAUUUUCCUGAAGCUAUGUCUGUAGCAGUGAGUACUCAUAAAGGACACUGGAUCAAGUUCAGCCACCGAAUUGCUUUUAUCAGUGUUAAAGUGGUCUGGACUGCUUGCUACCAAUCUGUGAGAAGUUUUUGUUUUUGUUUUGUUUUUAAACUUGCAGUAUAUCACGGAGCCACUCUUCAAGUAGAUUGGCUGGGCAAAAGAAUGUUUUGGCAAGAGCGUUACUGUAGACCUUUCUCCCUUCUCCCUCUCUCUGCCUUUUUUUUUUUUUUUAAAAAAACACUGUCUUCUGUAGGUCACCCUCGGGCAGUUAGGCACCUUAACUGGAGACUGGAGACCUUCCAGAGGAGAGAGCUGCACCCUGAGCAACCCUCUGGAGAAGUGAAUUUGGCUUUAGAUUUUUACAGAAGUGUUUCAGGAAUGGAAUAUGGACAUUAGCGCAAGGCACCAUGACAAAAUAGCCCUGCCUUUUGCAAGUAAUUUGGGAUAAGAAGCUGUCAGAAGUUUCUAACUUAUGAACUGGUUUGAAACUGUUGAUGCCCAGAGUCCCAGAGAGCAAGUAUAAACCAUUUUAGAGGGUUACUUUUUAUGGUACAAAAGCAAUUCUAUGUGAUGAAAAAAAAUGAAAGAAAGAAAACACCAAGCCAGUUUUGAUAAAGGAAAGCCAAAUUGGGGGGAGGGGAGGGAUGGGAAAGGUGAAAUCACUAUAGGGAGAAAAAACUUUUUCCAAAAUUUCCAAAGAGAUGGACUUUUCUUAUCCUUUAAGUUUUCAUGGUAAACAGUAUGUCAGAUUGGGUUGGUUGUCCUACUCAGUCUCUUUUUAAAUAUUGCCUUUAUAAGUGACAUUGUUAGGGUGUGCUUAAAUGUUUCCAGGGCACACUCUGCAUUUCCCCCAUCUUCCUCUUUGGGUACUGUCCUGGGACUAAGUGUAGAUUUCUGCUUUGGACUCUCCCAGUGUGGUAUGUGUCUGUACUCCCCUUCGUGCCCUUCCAGAUACUUAUUUGGAUAUGGUUGGGGUGGAGAGCAGUCACGAAGGGAGGGGAGUUGGAGAACAUGUACGUGUCCCCCAUACGGAGGUCUUAUGUGAUGUGUGUAUAGGAAUUCCCUGAUACACACCCUCCUUUGUUGAGAUUAGUGCCAGCCAUCUUCCUGAGAGAGUUGUAGAGCCAUCCAGGAUAUUUUUUCUAAUACCCCAUCCAAAAAGAAAGAGCUUAAUAUGUUAAAACAGCAUUGCUUGAGAAGGUGUCAUUGAAUUUUGGGGAUGAGCUGGGGCCUUUUAAGGGGUGAUCCCACUACCACAGCUCCUGACGUGAGAACCAGGCACUUUUGCUUUGAAGAACACACAAAGUUGCCGAACACAGGGUAAAAUUUCCAAGGCUUUGCUUAUUGCCCUGGCCAGGGCCUGAACAGAGCCAGUCAGUGCAUCCUUUUUUUCCUACAGUUCUUGGGUUUCAAACUUCAUUUUCAGGGAAUUUCAAUUCAACAGGUAGAAUGAAAAAUACUUGGUUACCAGCCUAAUAAUGUGAAUUGCUACAGAAUUAUUCUUAUUAAGUAAGAAAACAAAAACUUUAUGCAGAUACUUUAGCUAUAAAUUGAUGUAAAAUAUUGAUCUUUUUUUUUAAAGGAAAGGGAGAACGGUGUCCUGUUCACUUAUUAUGCAAUCAAAUCAGUAAAUGAUACUAUUGGUGAGGUUAGUAAGGAGAGAGCAUGGAUGGGCCCAUUUGGUGUAGUUAGGAGAAAUCAGUCUGUUCCAUCCCAGUGUCGGGGGAGAGAGGAGGAGGUGAGAAGGAAUCAGAACGUACCUAGUUGAUUCCUUGGUGACAAGUGCAAUGGGGUAUGGGUAGAAUUUAUUUUCAGAGCCAAGGGGACUUGAUGGUUAUAAAUAAAGUUACUUUUAGCGAUGGAAUUUAUAGACAGAUCAUGUUGUUCCGAAAGAUGUGAAUAGGAUCCACAAUAGCAAGUUGAUUCAGAAUAGUGUAGAUAUUUAGAUUAGCGAGUAUUGAUCAUUUGAUUUCUUAGACUGAAGUUUUAAUAGAAUUUCAUUAUGUCUCCCGGUAAUACACAGAGCAUCGGGAUUAGGAAAUUAGCCAUUUUGGAUUCUGCCUGCCACAAACAGACCUAUUCUAAACAGUGCUAUUAAAUUUUAGACUGUUGUUCAAAUAUUUUAUUUUCUCCUACAAGUACUUUUUAUUAUGAUGAACAAUUAAGACCAUUUAAAACACAGGAGUACAAGUAUUUUUUUGAAUUAAAUUAACUUGCAAAAACCAAAUUUGCAGUGGUUGGGUUGUUUCUAGACAGACUUUGGUAUCAAUUUAAAACCAAGAUAAUUUUUAUAUUCUUUCCGAUAGAAUUUCAUGACAACUCCUGCAGUUUUCUUAACCUACAAAAAAAAAAAAAAAGUGCUGCAAUGAUGAACAAAGAAUUAUACAAAACCUACUUUUGUAUCUUUAUUUUGGAAUUUCUUGUUCUAUUAUAAAUAUGGAAGUAUCCCUAUUUCAGAAGACAUAUUUUGUUAAAAAUGAAUUGUACAUAUUUAAAUAUGUAUUUUUGCACAGGUCUUUUUUUCUGAUAUCCUGUUUUGGUACAAUUGAGAUCAUCUAGUAUUUAUUUAUUAAUUAAUAAAAGUAAAUACCUUUUUAUAAUUUGAAGUGGUUCACUGCCAAGCCAAUAGUUCUGGAACCUGCCUCCUUUACAGUUUAAGGGAUGCCUCUGUUCUGUGAAAGUCUUUGUCCCUUUUAAUGUCUCGGGAGUGGAUUCAUACAGAUGAAGUGGGCAUUGCUUCUCCCUAGUUGCCUGAUUACCCGAUUGACUACACGUAAUUAAGUGACACACUGCUUUUCUUUUGUUAGUGUUUGUGUGUGUGUGCGUGCGCGUGCGUGCGUGCGUGUGUGCCUGUGUAUGUGUGUAUACUCUGAGCACAUGUAUGUUAGUAUGUGAUGUGGUUUAAAACUAAUGGAAAAAACUGAAAGUGCCUGAACCUAGUUUUAAGCUUAGACAGAAUCUCUUUAAAAAGACUUGAAUGUUCAGUUGAACUUUUGGAGUUUGCUUUUUCCACCUAAAUAUUAUUUCUAAAAUUUUAGGGGAGGAGUUGAAAACCAAUGCUGGUAAUUUUAUAAGGUAUUUUAAAAAUUCAGACCUUUUGGUUCACAGUAAUUCAACUGGUGAUGGAUUGCCCAGUGGCACCAAGGGUUACAAAUCUUUUUGUCAGCCAGCAACUUACACGAUGUGUUUGUUUUGUUAUUCACUCAUAAAAUACAGAGUUUAAAAUAGAAUAUUUAAAAUAUUUUGUAUUCCAAAAAUAUAAUACAAAGAAGUACCUCUGAGAACAUUGAAAAAAAAAUGUAUAAUUUGAAAAAUGUAACUUAUAAGGCAGCUGUCUUCCUGCAAGAGUUCUGUUGCCAAGGAAUUUCUUAAUGUCUCUCAUUCUGUCCUGAGGGGAAGGGGGAGUUGGGCUUUGAAAAAUUACUGUUCAAAGUUUCAUUGUUUAGCAGAAAAUAAUCAUUUUUACAUUUUGUGCAAAGCAUUUUACAUUUUCAGAUCAUUUAAAUGAGCACUACAUACUGUCAGUGUGAAUGUAGGGCCUUGAAAGCAUUUUGCUGUUUUUUUUUUUUUUGUUUUGUUUUUCCGAGCUUGGUUAUAAAAGCAAUCUCCUGUGUUAAAAAUGUGUGAAUAGUUUGAUAAUCUGUACACAUAAUCAAGAGCAUCUCAGCUGGACUUUGUGUUGGCUGCUGUAUAGAACAUGAACAAAUGUCAAGGGAUAGAAAAUUACUUUGGAUAUUUAAAAGAGAAGAAAUAUAUAGUCUAUUUGUUUUGUAACAAGUUUCUGUAAAUAAAAUAAUUUAUACUAUUUAUAAGAAAAA